AUCUACACUAAACACUUAUGCCUGGAUGGGAGGCAGAUACACUUGGAAAUUUAUGACCCUUGUUCACAGCAGGGGAAGCUCUCCCUCACAGACGAGCUCCACUGGGCUGAUGGAUUUAUCAUUGUUUAUGACAUCAGUGACAGAGCAUCAUUUGCAUUUGCAAAAGCAUUGCUGUACAGGAUCCGAGAGUCUCACAUAGGAGCUUGUAAAAAAAUGGUCGAGUCAUCAGUAUUUUUAGUUGGUAAUAAACAGGAUUUAUGCCACAUGAGGGAAGUUGGCUGGGAUGAAGGACAGAAGCUGGCAACAGAUAACAAGUGCCAAUUCUGUGAACUGUCUGCAGCAGAACAUUGUCAGGAAGUUGUGGCAAUGUUCACGAAAGUCCUGAGGAAUAUCACUUCAAAUUUCAAAGUGAAGGAAAAGAGACGACCAAGUGGAUCAAAGUCAAUGGCCAAGUUAAUCAACAACAUGUUUGGAAAGAGAAGGAAAUCUGUGUAGAAGAUGGUUAGUCUUGAAGUAAGAACAAGCUGAAAUAAUGGAGCACAGGCAGCUCUUGGGACUCAGCCAAUUUCCUCCAAAGGUUAAUGUCUGGAAGAGUAAGACAGUAGAAACCAAAGGCAGGAGAUAGUAUGGUCAAGUGGAUAGGGACUAGACCUAGAAGACCUGACCUUCUAUUUCCAGUUCUACUACAGAUUUACUGUGUUAGGGCUAUGUCACUUAAACUCUAAGCUGCUCAUCUCACCCUUUAUCUCAAGUUCUUCAGAGGAGAAUUUUAGUCUGUAUUUAUUCAACACCAACGUGGUCUUGGAUAGAGCUUUUAGGUGCAACUGAAGUAUAAACAGUUAUUUCCAAUAAACUCAGCCUUGCUG